AUGUCGAUAAAAUUAGCAGUUAUUCUUAUUUUCAUCGGCCAUGUGAAAGUAAAAAGUCAGUUCCAUGAGUGCCACAAUGACCCCGAUGAGAGCCCUGAAAAUGGAAUACUUUAUGACCCGAAGUUCUCAUGGUUGGGAGCACUGCAAUAUAUACACGUCAAAACCGGUGCCCCGCACUACUUCCGAGUACCACGAGUGGUCCUCAUCAGUCGUCAAUUCGUUCUUUCCACUGCAGCAGACGCAGCUGAAAUACCUUAUGGAUAUGCUCUUGGUAACGUAGCCUUCGCUGACUACUACCGAGAUGAGAUUGAGUGCGGCCUGACUGUUCGUAUGGUUGCAGAAGGUAAGGAGUGCGACCCUGCCAUUCUGCUGAUACCAAUAGCAGAUGUAUUACUUCACCCUGAGUAUAAGCACUUUGAUGCGAAAAACAGUUUAGCGCUCCUCAAGUUGGUUAAGCCAGUAAAAUCAUUGUACAUGUUACCAGUUUGUUUGCCGUUUAAAAAUUACUUGAUUGAUGACCAAGGGAAACCAACUAUGAAAAAGAUGAUACAUGUUGAUUAUAUUGUUGAUGUACCAAGAGACUUUUCUGAAGAAGAGAAAGAGGUAAAGAGAAUAGUUCUUCUACCUAAAGAACUGUGCUUUAUGUUUGAUCCAUCAGCACCUGAGAAUUCAACGAGAAUCACACGCAAUAGGAUGAUGUGUACUACAGGUUGUGGCUUUCACUCCGGAGCGCCGACCCUCAUUCAUGAACAUACAGGACAUUGGUCUAUAGUGUCAAUGGCCAUAGGAGGCAAUCUGUGUCCAGAUCCUCUCCGUGCUCGUCGUCCUCCCGCGCCACCGCUGCACAUUAUAAUCUAUCCAUAUGUAUCAUGGAUCACUGCCGCCAUCUCUGGUAAACCUAUGGGUGCCUUCGCCAAGGAUGAUCCUUUCGGUUUCGUCAUGCCUCGAGCUGGUCAUGAGCAUCCAGGUUUUGGACAUCACUGGUUGGGUCAUUGGUAUAUGGGUGGGAUUAGAUGCUUCGAUAGAGGACAUGCAGCUGACGAUAUGUUCAAGUUCUACCACGAGAUAUUCAACAUUAACGUGGACACUAAGGGACUAAACUUUAUUACUUACGGGUUAGAGAUAUUCAGUGAACCACUCACUAUUAUUGUCUGCGUGAAGGUUGGUAUGCCGUAUCGGUUAACGACUCCAAUAGUACACGAACUUAUGAAAGCUGCAACAAAGGUUUCAAUUCCAGUAAUAGCGACCAAGCAAAGCAUCCGAUUCCAGAUAGAGGCCUGGGGAUUCAACGUGUCAUCGCACCAAUCAAUGUCUCAGCCUUUAGGAGGCUCUUUUGAAUAUGAAUAA